UUGUGAGUAUCAUCCAUUUAGUUGACAGAUGAAGAGAGAAAGUGAGCUGAUGAAAAGAUCCUGAAUCAACAAAGAAGAGACGACACGACACACACACACACACAAAAAAAGAAGCAAACAAGCUGACUCGGAGUUAAAAUAGAAGAAAGGAUUAUCAGAGUCGCAUUGUCGAUUCAGAGAAAAAAAAAUUGAAUUCAAUCUGAUAGAUCCUAUCACAGCAAAAAAAAUUGGAUUGAAUAAGGUGUUUCCGAUUUCAAAAACAAUCACACAAAUGGUUAAUAAAAGUUAGGUUUCUUAAUUUCUGCUUCUUAUUACAUCAUCUUAAAUCUUUGGUUUUGGAUCCAUCCAAUAAUCAUGGAGAGCAUAAUAAGCAAGCUCCGCAACCUAGACGCCUACCCUAAAAUCAACGAGGAUUUCUACAGCCGCACGCUCUCCGGCGGUGUCAUCACUCUCGCUUCCUCCAUUCUCAUGCUCUUGCUCUUCUACUCCGAGCUCCGGUUGUAUCUUCACGCUGUCACCGAGACCAAGCUUGUCGUCGACACUUCCAGAGCCGAAACGCUGCGUAUCAAUUUUGAUGUUACGUUUCCUGCGCUUCCAUGUUCCAUACUCAGUCUUGAUGCCAUGGACAUCAGCGGAGAGCAGCAUCUAGAUGUUAAACACGAUAUAAUCAAGAAGAGAUUAGACUCUCGUGGCAAUGUGAUAGAAACAAGGCAAGAAGGAAUUGGUGCUCCCAAGAUUGAAAAGCCAUUGCAGAGGCAUGGAGGCAGGCUCGAGCACAAUGAGACUUAUUGUGGUUCCUGUUAUGGUUCUGAAGUGUCAGAUGAUGAUUGUUGUAAUUCCUGUGAGGAUGUUCGUGAAGCAUACCGUAAGAAAGGUUGGGCACUUUCAAAUCCUGAUUUAAUUGACCAGUGCAAAAGAGAAGGAUUCUUACAAAGAAUCAAGGAUGAAGAAGGUGAAGGAUGCAAUGUGUAUGGUUUCUUGGAAGUAAAUAAGGUUGCAGGGAAUUUUCAUUUUGCACCUGGGAAAAGCUUUCAGCAAUCUGGUGUACAUGUACAUGACCUGCUGGCUUUUCAAAAGGAUUCUUUUAAUUUAAGUCACCACAUCAACAGAUUAACUUUCGGAGAGUAUUUCCCUGGUGUUGUUAAUCCUCUUGACAACGUGCAUUGGACACAAGAAACACCAAGUGGGAUGUACCAGUAUUUUAUUAAGGUUGUGCCUACAGUAUACACUGAUGUGAGUGGGCAUACUAUCCAGUCAAACCAGUUCUCUGUGACAGAACACUUCAGGACUGGAGACAUGGGCCGUCUGCAGUCCCUUCCCGGAGUUUUCUUUUUCUAUGACCUCUCUCCAAUUAAGGUUACUUUUACGGAAGAAAAUGUCUCAUUCUUACAUUUUCUUACUAAUGUUUGUGCCAUAGUUGGAGGUAUUUUCACCGUUUCUGGAAUACUAGAUUCAUUCAUCUAUCACGGUCAAAGGGCUAUCAAGAAGAAGAUGGAACUUGGUAAAUUUAACUGAUGGGUGCUAUUUGAGUAAUUUCGAGCGAAUGGCUCUCCAGAGACAAUCUAUUCAAGAGAAGGUCGACUACUGAUUGAAAUUCCCCUUGGGGUUCUGAGUUCUUCGGUUACAACAAAAGGAUUUUGCCCUUAGAUCAAGGUUGAAAUGCCUAGAUAUCAUGUGCAACAAAUGCUACUUUGCCUUGAUUCAUAUCUUUUCUGACAGCUCUGAUGUUGUGAAUGUUAUGUGUUUUAUGGAAAGUAGAGGGGCUUUUCCUUGCAGAAGCAUCAAAAGGGAAUCCAUUAGGGAAAAAUAUAACUCAACAAUGAUAGUCUAAAAUGAGAUAUAACUGUAUAGGUGCAUUUUUUUCUCUUUGGUAGAAGUUUUAAUUAUCUGCGUUUGUGGUUCUA